AUGAGUAUCUCAAUACACAUCCAGAUAGCAGUGCUGAUUCUUGGCGUAACGUUCAUUUGUCCUUCCCUCUCUCAUUCUACCGAGAGGAACUAUUUAAAUUACAUAUCAGUCCUUGAAAAUGCUCAAAUAAGUACAAAGUCGCGUCGAGUACAUGCCGGCUCGAAGUUCGAUCUUGAAUUUGAUCUACACCACGGAAAACAAAAGAUACGUCUGACACUAUCACCUAAUAAUGCUGUAAUCCAAGACGGUGCAACCGUCCAGUACAUGGCUCCAGAUGGUUCCCUUAGAACGACAGAGAAACUAAAUAGAAGUGAUUAUCGAGUGUUCAUGGGUGACUCAUGGACAAGGCAUUAUGGAGACUUUGAGUGGACCAACGUAGGAUGGGCGAGGAUCGUAGUUCAUAGAGAUGGAGAUAAUCCAUUAUUCGAGGGUGCCUUUCGAGUCGAUGGAGAUCACCACCAUAUUCAGACUCGUACGCACUUCAUGCAAACAAAACAUAAGCAAGAUCCAAACUUGAAACUAUCCAACGAAGAGUAUCUAGUCGUAUGGAGAGACUCAGAUAUAUCGCAGGACUUCAACGUCAAUCACGGUGAAAAUCUGCACAAAGAGCUCAAAAGGGGCUUCAUGAGUGAAAGUGACUGCUCUGCUGAUGGGCUAAGCUUUAAUACGCAGAUGGACCAUCCAAUAUUUAGCUCUAUGAGAAAACGAGAUCAGCCCAACUCGAAUAUUUUCCGAAAUCUAUUGGGCAGGCAAAUCGAUGGUCAGCUGGGAGGAAAUUCUGCCGGUGUAAAUCUUGUCAGCUCAAUUGGGUCGACGUCAGGGUGCCCUACAACCCGGAAAGUAGCCCUGGUCGGGAUUGCAACUGAUUGCACAUACACUGCGGCAUUCAGUUCGACAACGGCAGCUAGGACAAAUAUCAUUAAUGUUAUAAAUUCUGCUUCUCAAAUCUAUGAAUCAAGUUUCAACAUAACUCUGGGCCUACAAAAUCUUACUAUCAGUGAUGCAUCUUGCCCUAUGGCUCCAUCAGCUGCUGCCCCAUGGAACAUUAAAUGCAGCGAUUCGGUAGACAUACAGGAUCGUUUAAAUCUCUUUUCUGCGUGGCGAGGCGAACGAAACGACAACAACGCUUACUGGACUUUGCUAAGUACUUGUGGCUCUGGAUCUGCCGUCGGCCUUGCAUGGCUCGGUCAAGCUUGCGUAAAUACGGCUCAAGUUACCUCGGCUUCAUCGAUAAAUGAAACAGUGAGUGGAGCUAAUGUUGUGGUUAGGACUGGGACUGAGUGGCAAGUCGUAGCUCAUGAAACUGGGCACACGUUUGGAGCCGUUCAUGACUGCACUUCUGCAUCCUGCAACGAUCCUAUGACUGUUGCUUCACAACAAUGCUGUCCUUUAAGCUCUUCGACAUGCGAUGCUGGCGGAGCUUAUAUAAUGAAUCCCAGUACUAAAAGUAAUAUUCAACUUUUUUCGCCCUGUACGAUUGGGAACGUAUGCUCUGCCAUUGGAAGAAAUAGCGUCAAAACUACAUGCCUAACUGCAAAUAAAGGGAUAACUACUAUCACUGGCAGUCAAUGUGGAAAUGGCAUUGUAGAGGCAGGCGAAGAUUGUGACUGUGGAGGAACCGCUAGUUGUGGAACUAACCCUUGUUGCGAGCCUAAAACCUGUAAGUUCAAAGCUAGCGCGGCUUGCGACUAUAGCAAUGAAGAUUGUUGUAAUACCAGCUGUCAGUUUGCGUCAACCGGCACUAUUUGUCGGGCAUCAACAGGAAAAUGUGACCCUGAAGAGAAAUGCAGUGGAACGAAUGCAUCUUGCCCAGAAGAUGUUACUGCACCAGAUGGCACCAGUUGUGGUAAUUCUUUAUCUUGUGCCUCGGGGCAGUGUACCUCGCGUGAUCUGCAAUGCAAAACUUUGAUGGGUGUAUUUACUCAGGGAAACGAUACUUUUGCAUGUUCAUCCAGCGGUUGUCAAAUAUCUUGUGCUUCCCCAGAGUUCGGAUCUAAUGUUUGCUACUCAAUGCAGCAAAAUUUUUUGGACGGGACCUCUUGUCAAGGUGGCGGGAAAUGUCUAAAUGGACAAUGCAGCGGUUCAAGCGUUGCAAAAGAGUUUACGAGCUGGAUUCAAAAAAAUGGCCGCCUUGUUAUAAUAUUAGCCUCUGUGAUUGGUGGAUUUUUAAUAUUCACUCUUAUCUCGUGUUGCGUAAGCGGCAUCAAGAAGGGUAAACGACAUAGGUCAGAAGCUGCUCUCAGAGCCAACAGGCCCAAAAUUUCGAACAUCGGCUUUCAAAAUUAUAAUUUUCCAAAUCAAGGAUGGAGUAAUUCGAAUAAUCAUCCGUCUAGGCAAUUGAUGGAACGAACUCCAAAUCCUCAGACGAACGGUUGGUGGGAUAACCAAGGAAACUGGGUACAGCAACCACUGCCAGCUUGGCAGAGCGGCGCUGUCUACAGGUGA